GUUGUUCAUUUUAGCAUGGCGAAUCUCGGAGUUCACAGAAUCCUUCUUUUGGUUAUUUCUUUGACAAAGAGUCUGGAGAGUACAAAACUGUUGACAGACCUUAAAAACUGUGGCGACUUGGAAUGUGAAACUUUAAUAAGCAGAGUCUUAGCCGUGAGAGAUUACAGAGGACCUGACUGCCGAUACCUGAACUUCACUAAGGGAGAAGAGAUAUCUGUUUAUGUUAAACUUGCAGGAGAAAGGGAAGAUUUGUGGGCAGGAAGUAAAGGCAAGGACUUUGGAUAUUUUCCCAGAGAUGCAGUCCAGAUUGAAGAGGUGUUCAUAUCUGAGGAAGUUCAAUUAUCAACUAAAGAAUCUGACUUUCUUUGUCUUCUUGGAGUAAGCUACAUAUUUGAGAAUGAAGAUAGUGAGUUCAACAGUGAUAACGAUGAAACUAUAUAUCCAUAUGAAGAAGACAAAGACCAAAAAUUUAGUGUAUAUGAAAGUGAUUUUCAGAUAGACUCUGAAUUUUAUUCAACUUCUGAAAGCACUUUGUUAGAAGACCAAUUUCUAGCAGUAGAGGCUCCAGAUGGUAUCAGAAGUACCAGUGAAUCAAAAGACUGGGAAGAAGUAGAAGCCGGAAGUGUGGAACAUGAUACUGUCAAAGAAGAAGCCCAAGAUCAAAUUCCAGAAGUGGAUGAUGUCCCACCAUCCUCAGCUGUGCCUGAAGUGAGAGGGUGGUUUGGACUGAGAAGGGCACAAGAUGAAGGGAAGGCCUUUGAAUCAGUUGUUGAACCUCUGCAAGAAAGCUCAUUUCAAAGUAGAAAAUUAGCAGUGGUAGAUGAGAAUGACCUAGAGGAAUUAAAUAACGAUGAGCCUCAUAUAGAACAUAAGCAAGAAACUGAAUCCGAAUUUGAUUCAGUGCCAAAGAAGCAGUCUGAACUAGUGUCUGAGUCUGAGCACAUUCUCAAACCUCAAGCCACUGGUUGGUUUGGUGGUAGAUUUAUAAGUUACUUAGGUUUUGAAGGUGAGGAUACAGAGCUUGAGCUAUUGUCCAAAGAAAGCAAUCACCUACUGCAAGAUGUUUCCAAUCCCAUAUCACCUGAUGAAGAACCUACAGUUCCAUGUACAGAAAGGUUAGUAGAAAAAGAAGACCCAAUCACUAAUGAUAGCUCAUUUCUCAAGUCAAGUUGGUUUGAUUUUGGUUUAGGUAUAUUAGGCUUUGCAUACGUCAAUGAAGAUAAAAUUAUUUCAGAUGACAGAAAAGAUGAAGAAGGAGGUAGAGGUAAUAAACAUGAGCAUCCUCCAGAAAGUGAAUGUGGCCCAGAUGAGGAACAAGAAACAGAAAUAAUAAAAACUAUGGAAACUGAAGAUCAAAUAGACAAGAAAAGAGUCUUAGAGAAAACAGAUGAUUCUGAUACCUUACCAUAUUUUAAAAAGUUCUUAUAUAAUUUUGACAAUCCUUGGAACUUCCAGAACAUUCCGAAGGAAACAGAGUUGUCAUUUCGCAAGCAGAUACUGGAUGAAGAUACUAUAGUUGAAAAUGAUGAAACAGAAGAAUUUUCUGUUGAAAAUCAUCCCACAGAUAAUACGAAAGUUAUGAUGUCUAAAAGCAGAUACAGUCAGUCAGAUACAGCCUCUAAAAUAGAGUUACCUACUCAUGAAGAAGUACAUUUUAAAACUCCAUCUUCUGAAAAUAAUGAUGAAAAAUCCAAAUCAUCACUAGUGACUGAAGGGCAUACUGAGGUAGAAAUCUACAGAUUUGUGGACAAUACUCUGUUAAACAGCCAGAUGUUUUCAGCUGAUAACUCUUUGUCUUCUGAAAAUUACAUUCCUCAAAAAGAAGAUGCUUUCGAGUUUCAGAUUCUGAAAUAUUUACUUCAAAUUGAUGUUUAUGAUUUCAUGAGUUCUGCAUUUUCACCAAUUGUAAUUCUUAAAGAAAAGGUUGUGGCAGUGUUGCCUGAAGAUAUGAGACCAGGUCCUAAUCCUUAUGGUCUUCCAUGGGAAUUGGUGAUAGGUGCAGCUAUUUUUGGAUUUUUUGCUGUUCUCUUGUUUUUGUGGAGAAGUUUUCGUUCGGUUAGAAGCCGACUUUAUUUGGGUAGAGAGAAAAAGCUUGCUUUAAAACUUUCUGCACUAAUUGAAGAAAAAUGUAAACUACUUGAAAAAUUUAGCCUUGUUCAAAAAGAGUAUGAAAGCUUAGAGUCAUCUUUAAAGGAUGAGAAGGAGCCAACAGAAGUACACAGUUUGGAGGCAACCUGUAAAAAGCUGGACAGGUCUAAAUCGGAACUUGAGGAUGAAAUACUGUUUCUAGAAAAAGAGUUAAAAGAAGAGAAAUCCAAACAUUCUGAACAAGAUGAAUUGAUGACAGGUGUUUCAGAAAGGAUACAGUCCCUAGAAGAUGAAUCAAAAUCUAUCAAAUCACAAGUAGCUGAAGCGAAAAUGACCUUCAGAAUAUUUCAAAUGAAUGAAGAACGACUUAAGGUAGCAAUAAAAGAUGCUUUGAAUGCAAAUUCCCAACUGCAGGAAAACCAGAAACAGCUUGUACAGGAAGCUGAAGAAUGGAAAGAACAAUUGAGUGAACUUAAUAAACAGAAAAUAACAUUUGAGGACUCCAGAGUACAAGCAGAACAAGUUCUGAAUGAUAAAGAAAAUCAGAUCAAGUCCCUGACUGAACGCUUGAAAGAUUGGGCUGCUGUGCUUGGAGAAGACGUGAUGGAUAAUGAUAACUUGGAAUUGGAAAUGAAGAGUGAAUCAGAAAAUGGUGCCCAUUUAGAUGAUCAGCCAGGAGGAGCUUUGAAGAAACUGAUCUACGCUGCUAAGUUAAAUGCUUCCUUAAAAACCCUAGAAGGUGAAAGAAACCAAAUUUACAUUCAAUUAUCUGAAGCAGAUAAAACAAAGGAAGAGCUUACAGAGCGUAUUAAAGAUCUCCAGACUGAGCAGUCAUCUUUGCAGUCAGAAUAUACACAGCUUGAAAAUGAGAAUCAAAAGCUUCAGCAGAAACUGAAAGUAAUGACAGAACUGUAUCAAGAAAAUGAAAUGAAACUUCACAGGAAAUUAACAGUAGAAGAAAAUUACCGGUUAGACAAAGAGGAGAAACUUGCCAAAGCAGAUGAAAAGCUCAGUCAUGCGGCUGAAGAACUGGAGAUCUAUAGAAAGCGAACCAAAGAUCUUGAAGAAGAAUUGGAGAGAACCAUCCUUUCUUAUCAAGGGCAGAUUACUUCUCAUGAGAAAAAAGCACAUGAUAAUUGGUUGGCAGCUCGGACUGCUGAAAGAAACCUCAAUGAUUUAAGGAAAGAAAAUGCUUACAACAGACAAAAAUUAACUGAAACAGAGUUUAAAUGUGAACUUUUAGAGAAAGAUCCUUACGCACUUGAUGUUCCAAAUGCGACAUUUGGCAGAGAGCAUUCCCCAUAUGGUCCCUCACCAUUGGGUCGGCCUUCAUCUGAAACGAGAGCUUUUCUCUCCCCUCCAACUUUGUUGGAGGGUCCACUCAGACUUUCACCUUUGCUUCCAGGGGGAGGAGGAAGAGAUUCAAGAGGACCAGGGAAUCUUCUGGACCAUCAGAUUACCAAUGAGAGAGGGGAAUCAAGCUAUGAUAGGUUACUUGAUCCUCAAAGAGCAGCUUCUGACACUGGUUCCUUGUCUCCUCCAUGGGAACAAGAUCGUAGGAUGAUGAUCCCUCCAUCAGGCCAACCAUAUCCUGAUCCAGCUCUUCCUCCACAAAGGCAAGAUAGAUACUAUUCUAAUUCUGGUAGACUGUCUGGACCAGCAGAGCUCAGAAGUUGUAAUAUGCCUUCUAUGGAUAAAACGGAUGGGCCAAUGUCUUCAGAAAUGGAAUCCAGUAAAAAUUACCCCAAAGAAGAUCUUGGUAAUUUAAAUGUGCCUGAUUCGUCUCUCCCUGCCGAAAGUGAAGCAGCUAGACCUGGCUUUGUUCCUCCACCUCUUCCUCCAGUCCGAGGUCCGGUAUUUCCAAUGGACGCAAGGGGGCCUUUCCUGAGAAGAGGGCCUCCUUUUCCUCCACCUCCUCCUGGAAGCAUGUUUGGACCUUCCCGAGACUAUUUUCCACCAAGGGAUUUCUUUGGCCCGCCACAUCCUCCAUUAGCAAUGAGAAACGUCUAUUCACCAAGGGGUUUUCCUCCUUAUCUUCCCCCAAGACCUGGCUUUUACCCCCCACCCCCACAUCCUGAAAGUAGAAGUGAAUUCCCUCCAGCGUUGACUGCACCUUCAGAUGAGCCUGCUGCUGAACGUCCAGAACCACAGCAAGAAACUUGACAAUACUUUUGGUUUCUCUUCAAAAGGAAUUUUGACUUCUCUCUCAUUUUCAGUUUAAGUAACUGCUGUUACUUAAGUGAUUAUACUUUUGCUCAAAUUGAAGCUUAAUGGAACUAUAAUUCUCAGGAUAGUAUUUUAUAAAUAAAGAUGAUUUAAAUAUGAAUCUUAUGAGUAAAUUAUUUCCAUUUUAUUUUAUUCCAGAUGGUAUAAUUAUUUUAAUUUGAUUCAUCCACUAUCACAUAAACAAUACUGCAGAUAUAUAUAUAUAUAUAUAUAUAUAUAUGUAUUUUUAUGUAUGUAUAUAUAAAAUCUUGCAGUUGGGGAUGUUUUAAAUUCCAAAGCCUGUGUCUUUAUGCCAAGAAUUGUAUUUACUGUAGUUGUAGACAAAUGUGAAAAUAACUUUGUGCUUAAUUAAAUUUUAAUUGGUUUAAAGAUUUGUUUAGCAUUUAUAAUAAUAAUAAUAAAAUCAUCUAGUUUUUCCAUAAAUGUGGCUUCAUUUAUUAGUCUUUUUUCCUUCUGUCAGUAACUUGAAGCUCAAAACUAAUACUUUGUAUUGGUCUUUCUGAUUCUAUUAGCUUACCAAAAAUAUACCUUCUUUCUUACAAAUAGACAUAAAUGACUCCAAGCUACAAAUUAAUACACUUUUAAAAAUAAAAAUGGAUUAUAUUUUAAAAAAAAACAGGAUAUUGUUUAGUGGUGAAUUUCAGAAUUUGGAAUUCUUAAUUCAGUCACUGGUUUUCUCUAUAGUUCUAUUUCUUGUUUUUCUCUUCAUUUGUAAGAUAAUGGCUUUUCUGUAGAGAAUGUUGAGAUUUACUACAGGAUAACUCUGUCAAGACCAUGUGCCAUCAUUUUGAGCUUUGGACCCAAUAUCCUUACGGGAAUUUUUCCUCAAUCAGGUCUGUGUUUUAUUAUUAGACUUGAACAUCAAUAUGAUUUUGAAAGGAAGGGAAAAUUAAGUAUAGCUAAUAAAUAUCUCAAUACUUAUGAUGAUAAUUUGUUUAUUUUUAGUUUACUGGAUUGUUUAUUUUUUUCACUGCCAAAAGGCAGAAGAUGAAACAUUACUGAACAAAGCAGUGAUGCAUUUGUAAUCGGAACGUUUCAUGCCAGCGUUUUUCCACUUGUCUUUGGGACACUGAUCUGGUGAGGUAUUUCCGCCCCCUCCCCACUUCCACCCCCAGUGCAGAAAAAAAUAAACAAACAGAAGGGAUCUAUGUGAAAUGUUUGGAAAAAUAGUAAGUAGAAUGAGGACUGUGAUGGCAUUGUUACAUUUGUUAUUUAAAUGCCAGCUUUCAGGGGAAAUAAAGACAACUUUUUAAAGUUGGAAAGUAAAAGGAAGAAGAGAAAUAGGAAAGAGAUUAUGCAGAAUAUUCUGGUCAAGUUAAAUUUUUGUUUGUUUGUUUGCCCUAGGGUAGGAUAGACCUGUCAUAGCUAAGACAGAAGGGAAGGACAGAAGAGAAGGCAAAAUUAAACACUGAGUGGUAAUAAACUGAGGGAGCAAAAUCACAGAGGAGGCAGGAAAGCACAAGAUGAGAGCACAGUGGGAGACAGGAAAGGCUGAUACAGGCUGACUAGCUUAAAAUACAUUGUCUAGAAUGAUGGAUAUUGUUAGCCUUAAAAUGUGUUUUUAUUAAAAUAAUACGACCAAAUGGGAACAAAUCAAGUAAUAAGAGAAUAGCUUAGAAUGAAUAGUAUAUUUUCCCCCUUCUUUUCCUUAUCCCCAGCUAUAUUUCCCAAAUAGUUUCCCUUUUAACUGUUCAUUAUUUAAUUCUGCUGUAUCUAGAAUUUUAGGGGGUAGCCUAAAUUUGAAUUCUUGAUUUAUUAAAUUUAUCAAUUUAUUAAUCCUUGAGAUCCAAAAUUAGGAUUUAGCACACUUAUAGUAUUCCCACCCCCAUCUUCUUUUCCUCUUCAAAUUUGAUACUUAUCCAGAUUUCAGUUUUCUGUUGUAACCUUUGUAAUUUUCAUAUACCCAAACCUCAGUUAGCAUCUUUCCCUUUCUUUCACCUUCCCUCCUCCUCUGUCACAGCUAAUUUCCUACAUUCUGUUAGCUAGGUGUUUUUAUUUUCAAGGUUGCUAGUAAUUAUACUAAGCCAAGCAUAACCUAUCUUCUGUAUUUGGUCUUCGGUUAAUCAAAAUUUGAGAAUCAAUAAAUAACAUUUACAUCAUUAUAAUUUUAUUGUUCAGUGUCAUGUACUAAGUAUACAUUUCCUUCUUUGUGAAUCCCAGUAUCAUAAUUACUGAGUCACUCAGAAGUGAGCGUUCUUAAACAUCAAGGUCAAAUUAAUCACUUUUGUUUACUCCUUACUUUCUUCCCCCAUUUACCAGUAGUUGCUUAAAAUAAUGACACAUUUUAGUUUGCAUUAUGUUGUUGUUGUUAGUUGCCAUCAAGCUCAUUCCAACUCAUAGUGGCCCCAUGUGGGUUAAGCUGUAGACUACUAGCUGAAAGGUUGGCAAUUCAAACUCACCCAGAGGCUCCUCAGAAGACAGGCCUGGUGACCUGCUUCCCAAAGGCCUUAGCUUUGAAAACCUUGUGGAGCAGUUCUACUCUGCCCACAUGUGGUUUCUGUGAGUUUGCUU